CAGUUGAAAAUAUUCUACGUUGGCGAGAAGUCGUGAGCAACAGAAAUUUUGAAAGUAGUAGCAGAAGCAGCAAAAGCAGAGUUUGGCUGGCUGGCUGCUCUGUGAGAUUUUCAUCCAUUUUAGUGCCCACUCUGAGAACAAAAAUAAAUUCAGAAGAUUCUUUCAUAGAUUUUGUAAAGCGGGAAACUUUAAAAACAGAGACAUAAUCCGCAAGUGUUUUUUGUUUGGCGUUGUAUUUACAAAUUUUACAUUUAUUAUAAAAUCACAUACUUGUGUUGCUGACAUCGGUGGGGUCUGUCAGUGCUCCCAGCGGCGGUAGAAGCACAGAAUAUUAUAAUUUUUUUUAUAAGUUAUUGACAAAGUGCCCAGCGACAACGACGUUUAACGCCGUUGUUGGAACGGCUCGAUGAUGGCAUUGCCAAUGAACUCACUUUACUCCCUUACGUGGGGCGACUAUGGCUCGUCAUUGGUGACGGCCAUUCAACUUUUACGCUGUCACAACGACUUGGUGGACUGCACUUUAGCUGCUGGCGGGCGUAGUUUUCCAGCACACAAAAUUGUGUUGUGUGCAGCGUCUCCAUUUCUACUGGAACUGCUUAAGAAUACACCAUGCAAGCAUCCGGUGGUGAUGUUGGCCGGCGUCAAUGCCAACGACCUGGAAGCGUUGUUGGAGUUUGUUUAUCGCGGCGAAGUAAGCGUUGAUCACGCACAAUUGCCGUCGUUAUUGCAAGCCGCGCAAUGCCUGAAUAUACAGGGGUUGGCACCGCAAACUGUAACGAAAGAUGAUUACACUACACACUCGAUACAACUACAACAUAUGAUACCACAACAACAUCAUGACCAAGACCCAUUGAUUGCUACCAUUGCUACCGCACCACAACAAACCGUACAUGCACAUGUCGUCGAGGAUAUCCACCAAGCUGGCCAGAUUUUGCAAACGACUACCCACACUAACGCUGCCGGACAACAACAGACCAUUGUGACCGCUGAAUCGCCUAAGGAUGUCAUUCAACAAUUCUUGCCCGCACGUAAACGCAAGCCACGCGUCAAGAAAAUGUCGCCCACUGCACCCAAGGUCGCUAAAGUUGAUGGCAUGGAAACGAUUAUUGCUACACCGGCUACCGCCACUAAUGUCGUGCAACAUCAGGCCACACAGCAACAACAGCAGCAGCAACAACAGCAACAGCAGCAAUUGCAGGCACAACAACAAAGCAUCGAAAAUGGCAAUGAGACACAGAUUAUCAGCUCGACGCCGCACAUCAAAACUGAAGUGACCAAGGUGGAGACAAUUGUGACCAUGGACCCGAAUAUAACACCGAUAUCGACAGCGAACACCAGCGAGGUGAGCGCCGGCGGCACAACACCGGCCAGCAGCACGAAGACAGUCAAACGCACUAAGAGUGAAUCUCGUUCACGUUCACAAUCGGAACAACCGGCUACCUGUCCCAUUUGUUAUGCAGUCAUCAGACAGUCACGCAAUUUGCGACGUCACUUGGAGUUGCGGCAUUUCGCCAAGCCCGGCGUAAAGAAGGAAAAGAAAAUACCCACAGGCAAAAAGGUAGUCACCACAACGACUGGCGCAGGCACCAGUAAUGCGGCAGGCACAUCGACGAUCACCACAGCAGUUAGUACUAUACCGCAGGUGCAAUCGGUGCAAUCGUUACACACUUUGCACACCGUGCAGGUGAAAAAGGAUCCGGACGCGCAGAAUCAAGGCCAACAAACGAUGACAGUCACAACCACGACGGGUGGUGGUGGUGCUCAGCAACAGCAACAACAGCAGCAACAACAGCAAGUACAAGUGCAAGUGCAACAGGCAACAACGCAACAACAACAGGCACAACAGCAAAUACAACAUCAUCAAAUCAUCGAUCAAUCGGGCAACAUAACAACGGCCACCACAACAGCGGGCGGACAACAACAACAGCAACAACAAGCUGGUGGCCAAAUAGUUACGCAGACCGAGAAUACAGAUGGCACAACAUCGUUGUCGAUUGCACAGGUGCAAACGCUGCAGGGCCACCAAAUACUGGGCAAUAUUAAUCAGGUGAAUAUGAAUGAAUUUCAAACGCAUUCACAAUUGUAAAAUGGAUGAGAUAGAGAAGGAAGAGCAGAAUGAGGAAAGAGAAUCAAACAUAUAUUUCAAAAAUUAAAGGAAAACAAUUAAGCAAUACAACAACCAAUCCGACUAGCACUCAAGUCCCAAAUCACUAAUCUAACGGUGCUGAGUCCCUGAACAAAUACAAAGCAGAAACAAAAAAUAAGCCAGACAACAGACAAACGUAUAAAAAACGUAGACAACUUAGCAAUUUAAUACAGUGUGAAGCUAAAAUUAACCAAACGGUGACAGCAGAUAGCGAAAAAGUACACACGAAAACAUAUUUGCCAAACAACACGCCAAAAACAAGCAAAAAAAAAAAUAAUAAUAACAAAAACAAGCAAAUAAUUAUUAAAUAUUUUUUAGUAAAUUAACUAACAAACCUAAAUUAUUAGUUGAUUAUUCUUAUUUUUCACUAUUUGCGCAUAAGUUAGUGAGUUAGUGUGCGCUUCCCCAUUCUGUUGCAACUUUUACAUUUUGUAUAUACAAAAAGCGAGCAACUAUUUACGCCAAAAGUACAUGGAAGAAGAAAGAGAAGUAGAGAGAGAGGGCGGAUGGGGAGAGAGAAGAAAAAUAUACAGAGUGAUGCACUUUAUUGAACUUUACUCAAGUUUUGCUGCCUUAUUUUUCUGUGCUAUUACUUUAUUGCAUAUUUCGUGCAUUGAAUAACUGUUUAUUGUAUUUUUAUGCUACACAUAAAUUAUAAAUGGACAAAGUUGUUUUUAACUUAGCUUUGACAAAAUUAGUUUGUCGUAACACUAAAAAUUUAAUCAUACGAAAUUUAGUUGGUAUUUGUAAUAUAGAAAUCUUAAAAAAAAUUAAAUGGUUGUAAGUAGUAUUAAGCUGGUAGCUGGUACUAGGUACUGCAACUCCUUUAUCUUAACUACUAUUACUUUAAUCCUUUUUUUUAUUUUCAAGAUAGUGAAAAAAUGUGGUGGCAGGCGAAAAAGCAAAGGUUAAGUGCGCUUGCACGCUUAGCAUACAUUUUUUCCUAUCUAAAAUUUUCUUGCUUACCUACCACAUUAAUUUUGAAAUAAUUAUAAAAAAAAUAGUUUUUAU